UUAAAGCAGCAGCAAGAAUCAAAACUGUGCUCACAAGUGAAAAAGGAACAACUAAUUUUCUUAACAAUGUUAUAAGUUUAGCUAUGCCAUAAAUUGGAAUAUCGAAAAUUAGGUCAAAUUUUCAACAAGCUUCCUUUAUUUAUUUUUGGCAUAAGGGGUAACUAACUGUAGAAGGACCAAUGGACCUUUCCGUCUUGAAAAGUAAAAUAAACAAAUAGAAAACAAAAAUAAAGUAGAAACUAGAAAGAGAAGAGCAUGCGAGCACGUUCGUUCGUUAAAGAUCAACAACUAAAAAUGGAGAGCACAUCAUCUCCUUCCCUUCAAGCCACCGUCUUGACUUUCAUUUACACUUUACGUUUCCUUCUCCAUUUCUCUUUGACAAACCAACCCAAAGCAGAGACAAACGGGCGCUCUCUCCCAACAUGGCCAACUCCAAGAGAUUGUUUGGCGUUGUGCGGAGGAACCUUCUCCGGCGAUCUCCCAGCAGCAUCACCACCAUUCGCUCAUCAAUCCAACAAACCACUAGAGAGAACAUUGCCGCCAUUAAAAUCCAAGCUUUCUUCAGAGGUCACCUGGCAAGGAGAGCGUUCAGAGCGCUCAAGAGUCUGGUGAAGCUUCAGGCAGUGGCGAGAGGUGUGCUUGUAAGGAGACAAGCUCGAAUAGCCUUACAUUGUAUGCAUGCUCUUGCUCGCUUGCAGGUUAGGGUUCGUGCUCGUCAGAUUCUCUCCCAUUAAAAAUUCCAUGACACAAUACCUCUCUUGCGAUUGUGACAUCUACAUAACAUCAUUGUUCUUUCAAAUUAUUUAAUUAACUUCUUUGUGAUUUUGCAUAUGUAUACUAAUUAACCCUAACACCCUUCAAUUUGUACUGAUAAACAAAAUAUCAGCAUAGCUGAAACUCUGUCUCAAAUUUUUAUUGUUAAAAGUAAAUAGAAAAUAUACAUUCUAAAAAGGAUCAAUAUUUCAUAAUGAACCAAAGAGAAUCACACGCAGUAAGAAGAGAUUUAUUAAGACUUGGAAAGGAAGGUAAUGAAGGGUUGGGUGGAGCCUACCUUGGAUAGAAAGAAAGGGUGAGUAAGGCUUCCAUGAAGACUCACCAUUUUGUCUACUUUGAUAUUUAAUAAUCUGGAUAUUAUAAGCAAGGUACCUAAUGAUUUUACAUCAAAAAUACCAUCAACAAAGAACAUUUUCAUUCUCAACACACACAA